CAGAUUUCGACCUUGCGUGGACCCAAUGACUGGAAAAUGCCUAGGCUAUCCUCAGGCUCGUUCUGUACUCUCUCUCUCUCUCUCUCUCUCUCUCUGGCUGUGUGCGUGCUUGUGACGUUGAUAUUUGUCUAUAUCUGUUCUCACACAAGUUUUAAAGUAGUAAUCUACUUCAGGGCGAAAUGGGUAUCUAAGUUUAUGCUUUUAAAUGUGAAGAUUGGAAUUUUGGUAGGUUGUGAUUAGUAUUUAGAAUCUUCAAUUAAAUGCAAAUUUUGCACUUUCACUUGGCUUUGUUCUUCUGUGUAAGAUUUCCCUAGUGUAUGUGAAAUUUCCACAAUUGAAUUUGCAGAAAACCCAAUUCGAACUGUUCCAUUUGUGUUUGGAGGUCCGGGCAGGGCUGUAUAUGUAUAUUGUUGAUUUGAAGAGCUUCUUGGAUGUACCUGUGGAACCUUAUUUGGUCUCCCGUGCCAAUGACUGAAACCUCACUUUUGUUUUUGAAAUCAAAAUGGAUUCUUAGGUUUAGUAAUAUGGUCUCCUCAUGCAAUUUUCUAUCAAAUUAUGAGAAUAAAAGAAUCUCUCUCUCUCUCUGUUUGUUUUUGCUAUGUAAGUUCAACAACCCGAUGAGUUUUCAAAAAGGGUAAAACACGACGACUUUAAUCUCUCCUGUUACAAAUGUGGAAUAUAAUAGUGCAGUAAUGUUAUAAUUAGAAGAAGGCUAUUCGGGCAGUAAGAAAUUUGAAGAUACCUAAAAUAUGGGAGUACCUUCUAAUUCUCAUGUACUGAUGUUAAGGACCCAAUAUGCAUAUGAUUUAGGAGAUAGCUUUGGAAGGGAAUACAUACCUCAUACAUUCAGUGGGUUGUUCCCACUCCACACUACACAAGGGUAAAGAAACUGUUGGACUACUAUGCACCCACCUUUGGCUCGGUUGAGAGGGUGUUACAAUUUAUAAGGGACUGGUUGUUAAGGGGCUUAAGGCUAAAUUUCAUGGAUCUGUCUGACGCAGAAAUAAUCUUUUAGGUAUGUUUGGAUGGCAGGGUUGGAGUGGAUUGUAUAUCUAAAAAAAUAUCCUUUCCUAUUCAACCCAAACUCACCCUGAGUUAGAGUGGAUUGGAUUUAAAUGAGUAUCUUCAAUCAUUUCCACUAUUUGAGUUGCUCAUAAGUGCCCUUGGAUAAGGCCAUAAGGGUGAUAUAAUAUAUUGUCAUCAAUUAUUAUGCCUCUGUCCUAUCCAAUCCAUCACCAUAUUUGGUUUAUAAAUUAGCUUUCAUUCCAUUCCAAACAAAAAAAAAUACACUUUUAUAUCAAAUUUUUACUGCUUAUUAAAAUAUAAAAUAAACAUUUUUGAAUAUAUUGUAACCAUAAACAUCAUAUAUUAAUAGAUAAAAUAUGUGGAUUCAUAUGUUAGUAUCACAAAAUGAAAUGAAUGUGUAUUACCUAUUUUUUAAACUGUAAAAUGAAUGUGUGCAUUUAUUUAUGAUAGAAGUUUUAAAAUGAAUGUAUACAUAUAUGCUAUUGGUUGGUGGAUUGAGGACCAGAGAAAUGGAGAGAGGAAGGAGACGGAAGACGCUUUGACGUUGGUGAAAUGAAUUCAAACAGAAGAAGAACGAAUUGGCUUUGGGCAAAUACAUAAUUUUUUGCACUUAUCCGGUCUAUGUAAAAAAUAUCCCAGCCCCUCUUAGGUUUCAUUUAAUCCAUGUAGGUGAGUUAAAGUUGAUUUUUUCAACCGGGUCAGGAUAAAAUUCGAAUGAGAUUUUUGGUGCCUUUUUUACUUACCAAACGUGGGAUAAAUGGACUCUACAUACUUUUUUAUCCUAUCCUCCUAUAGUUAUCCCCCUUUAAUCCGCGAUUCAAGCAUACUCUUAGAGUUGUCUCUGCAAUGAACGCAUAAAUUCCUUGGUAGAUUGACAUGGAAUCAAGGUUCUUAUUGGAGCCACAAGUUAUAAUCUCGGAUUGUCCACUUUGCAUGCUUCUUUCCCUUUUUUAUUUGACCGGGCUUUUGAUCUAAUAAUACUCUAUCUUGUGAAAUAUUUGCCUUUUUGAGGUCAAAGGUUUAAGUCCCCCUAAAAAAAAAAGUUUUGAUCUUGGAUUGUUCACAUUCUUUGGCCGAGUUAAAAUUGAUCACCACUCUAUAUGGUACUAAAUCCUUAAAGAUUUUUUUUAAUCUUUCGUCUUUUCUUGUCUUCUCUCCCCAUGCAAUAUCGGCAUUUUUUUUUUUCAUUUUUUCUCUUUUGCUGGUAUUCAUUUUCCUUAUUUAUUUUCUUCUUUCUAAACUUUCUUAGUCAGUUGCUUAUUCAGUUUACUUUCUACAACAAGCAAGAUCUAUUGCCAAGCUGGUUUCCUUCUUGUGGUUGGUUAAUUGAUAUCUAUUAACAAGAUCGUUGCCUGGUGCAAUGGUAAAAGCUUGGAGAAACAAGUGGAGGUUGUAGUUCGAAUAUAAGGAAUGCCACUAUGUGAAACGAUGUCCAAUGGUAAAUUUACACUCAGUGUAUCCUUUUAAUGGGUGUUGAUUAACCAGGAGCACUAUGAGUACGAGUGAGGAUAUGAGAGUUCUUUAGUGCCAAACUCUAACUUUGGGAUGGAAGCCUUUCUCACAGUUGUGUUAACUGGAAUUUUCAAUAAUUAAGACAAUAUCUUACCUCUUAUUUCAGCUCAUUACACCUUUCUUAGCGAUUAUAUGCUUGUUUUUCCUUAUAAAAGUUUAAUGAUCCUUGUUCCACCAAUUCUCUACUCUGCGUACUACUUAAUACAAGUAAUAUUCGAUUUUUUUUUCUUUCCCCAUCUCUUUCCUGUAACAAAUAGCAUCUAGAAGUCAUGGUACUGUUCCUUUUCCCUUCAAAAGUGUGUCCUAUAUCUACUUUCUUUGUUUAGUUAAAAAUGUAUACAAAUUCUCUUAAGCAAGAGAAUGUUUUGACUUUAUUACUUGAAUUGCUUACUAACAUUCCAUUUUUCAAUUUGAUGACUUAAUGAAUAUAGAGACUUGUGGCUUUUCUUGGUCACAGUGACUGAUAGCAUCACCAUUGUCCUUAUUGUUCAGGUACAUGUAAGUAAAAAGUUGCCUUUAAAAUGUGCCUCUGGUUGCUCUUUUAUUUUGACAAUGCAUAAGGCAUUUAAGGCUCUCUGACUUAUAAUUUUUGAAACUCUGUGAUUCUCCCCGUUUUUUCUGGUCCAAUUUGAGGUCCAUGUUGUCUUGUGAGGAGAACCUUUUGGGGAAGUAUUUUCUUUUUAGAUUCUGAUUCGAUUGAUUGUCUGCUUAUGUGUAUUUAUGUGUUUAAAUAAUCUGUUUUGAGCUGAUGUUUUCCUAUGUUUUGCAGUCAAAGUAAAUCUGAACACAAAACCUGGUGGUAUGUGCGCUUUAUCUCGAUCUGGGUGUCUAAUGAGUAAUCGUAGAUCUCUUCACAUUUGCGGUCUAUUUGAAGGAAAGAAGGAUAAUAAUGAGAAGGGUGAUGAUGCCCCUUCAAAGGCAGGAAUCAUGGGAAACAUGCAAAAUCUAUAUGAGACUGUGAAGAAGGCACAAAUGGUUGUUCAAGUUGAGGCAGUCCGAGUGCAAAAAGAACUAGCUGCAGCAGAGUUUGAUGGUUACUGUGAGGGUGAGUUAGUAAAGGUAACACUAUCUGGGAACCAGCAACCUGUACGCACUGAAAUUACUGAGGCUGCAAUGGAGUUAGGACCAGAAAAACUUUCACUUUUGAUUACCGAGGCAUACAAAGAUGCUCAUCAGAAGAGCGUCGAGGCCAUGAAAGAAAGAAUGAGUGGCCUUGCCCAGAGCUUAGGAAUGCCACCAGGACUCAGUGAGGGACUAAAGCAAUGA